CCUUGCACCCGCUGCUCUUUGCACCCGCUACGCCAGCUCGCACUUUCUCUCCGUAGCCUUCACUUGCCUCAGCCCCGUGUCACUGCUGCUUCGCCAUGACGACCGCCGUCCGACCGCGGCAGACGCCCGAGUUUGGCUACGGCGACCUCUCGCGUGCCGGCUCGUCCGGCGCCGCCGGGCCCAGCAGUAGCGGCACCAGCGUGCUUGCCGGCGACGGCAUGGCCAGCUACGGCGGCUACGAGGGCGGCGAGGAACUGCUGCCCUUCCUCGACGACCCCUCGGCGCUGCUCAGCUCGACGAGCGUCGGCAUCGGCGGCCAGGAGCUCAGCUUCUCCACUGAUGCGCUCGACCUCGGCUUCGACGUCAGCGCCGGCCUGGAGGAGGAUGAGAACGGCCUUUUCCGCUUUCCAGACCUUCCGUCGAGCCUUCUAGACCAGGCUCCGGAGUACGAAUAUUCGACACAUACCCGCACCAACGUCUUUGAGGCGGUGCAAGACUUUGCCGGCGACCAGGAUGCGGCACGGCUCUUGGGCCUGGACGAGUACGACACGUCGCUCUCGAGCGGCCUGCAGCUCGACGGCUCGUGGGGCUCGUACAUCCAGGACAGCACGCCGCUGGGCGCCACGCCCGGCGUUAUGGCGCCGGCCGACGCCGGGCUUGGCGUCGCCAUCGACGAGGCCGGGCCACGCAGCCUGCAGCCCGACGCCAUGGCGCGCAUGUAUGCCGAAGGCACGUGGCCCGGCGCUCUGCCGACCAACUCGCCUCCAUCGCUGCGCCCGGCCGAGGCGGCUGCCGCCGCCGUGGAGCCGAGACGGCGACGCGACUCCGUCGACAACCCACAGGGGUCCAGCGCGAGCGAGAACAGCGCUUGGCCGUCGCGUGCAGCCAGCGCCGUCGCGAUGAGUGCACCAGCCAACCCGUUCGCGCCGCCGACGCAGGCGCCGUUCGUAGCGCCGCAGCAGGGCUUCGAGUCCAUCUCGAUGUCGGACCGCCAGUUCAACGGCCGGCGGCCACCACCGCCGACCGACCCGUCCGUCGCUGCCAGCCUCGCCUCGGCGCCCGCCGGCACCAACGGCCGCUCGCGCAUGGCCAGCUGGACCGACGGCAGCCAGCGCAGCAGCGUGUUCAGCGACUACGAUUCCAGCUUCGAGUUCAAUGGCCAGAUGAACGGCGCGGCACUCGCAAUGCCACCGGCGGCGGCGCGUGUCGGCAACUACGCCAUGGGUCCGCCGGCGGCGGGCAACUACGUGCAGUCGCAGCCGGCUCUCGUCACGCUCGGCCCCGACGGCCAGCCGCAGCUGGUCAGCCAGACGCCACGGCUCAGCAUCGCGUCCGAGGCGAGCGGCAGCCGCUCCUUCUCCGCCGGGCCCAACGGCGACUACGGCGACGCAGGCAUGCACAUGGCGCUCGGCAGCUCGAUGGACGCCAGUCUCGACUCCGAGGGCGUGGCCAAGUGCCCGUACCCGCGCUGCGACAAGACGUUUGCCAAGAACCGCAGCUACAACCUCAAGGCGCAUCUGCGCAGCCACAGCCAGCUCAAGCCGUUUGCCUGCACGCACUGCCCGCGCGCCUUUAGCCGCAAGCACGACCUCGAGCGCCAUGCGCGUGUGCACUCCGGCGACAAGCCAUACCUGUGCGAGGCGUGCAACAAGGGCUUCCCGCGCAGCGAUGCGCUCCGUCGUCACUGGCGCGUGGAGAAGGAAUGCGGCGAGCGUGCCGCCGAGAUCGAGGCCGGCCAGCCGCUGCCGUCGCUGCCGCCGGGCCACAGCGCCAUCCUGGCCAGCGCGCCCGGCAUGAUGAUGGGCCACAGCGGCGGCAGCGGCGGCGGUGCGCCGCACGUCACGCAUAUGCCGUACGAGGCGUGGCAGCACGAUCCCAGCCUCAGUGGCUACGAGAGCUCGGACCUGCGCUAUCGCAAGCGCAUGCGCGAGGACUGCUGAGCUGCUGCGCGCGUAACCUGUUCUCGUCUCUGCUCCCGGAACACCCCGCACGUCGUCAUCCGUCUUUAAUACCCCCUCCUUCCCUCGCUGUGCCACCUCUUCGCUUGUGCCGCCCCGGCAUUCUCUUCUUGCUCUGCCUGUA